UAUUUAUUUAUUCACCCUGUUUAAUUGUACUGUUACGAAACACGUGUUCUAAAUAUAAAAAUACUAGAAUAAACAACUUGAACAUAGUUAUCGAUUUUCAUGCCACCUAGAACUAACUUCACGAUGUAGAAUGCAGGUGUCGGUGUGCGCGCGCAUCGUAAAAAUUCACUCUCAUCAUUUUUCUCCAUCGCGCCAAAAGAAGUAUAACUUCAAAAAUAUAUUCACGUUCCUUGGGACGGCCCCAGUUCUCUUGCCACUAGUGCCUCAUGUUGUAGUACUAGAUGUAAAUGAAAAAUUAGGAAAGGAAUUGGAGCAGGAACUAAAUCAAAAGCAUGGAGAGAAUAAAGUUAAGUUUCACAAAUGUGACGUUACAACAGAAGAACUAGAAUCAGCAUACGACAGAACGAUUGAAGAAUUUGGAUACAUAGAUAUUGUUGUUAACAAUGCGGGUGUUAUGAAUGACAGUCCUGAUGUUUAUUUAAAAGCCAUUAAUAUUAAUGUGGCAGCGUUAAUAAGGAGCUCAAUAAAAGCAUACAACUUGAUGAGAAAGGAUCGAAAUGGGAAGGGUGGUACUAUAGUUAAUAUUUCGUCUGUCGUGGCACUUGUUCAAAGUCACAUAUUACCGGUUUAUAACGCAGCUAAGAGCGCAGUACUACAAUUCAGUGGCUGUCUUGGUGCACAACCAACAUAUGAAAGAACGGGUGUUCGAGUACUUACAGUAUGCUUUGGAGCCACUGAAACAAAUUUGAUCCAACCAGCUUCUACAGGAGCUAUUGAUGAAGUUUUAGCACUCCAUAUGGCACACAGCUUGGAAAGUAUGCCAAAGCAAAAUGUGGACUCAGCAGUGAGUGGAUUUAUGACAGCGUUAGCGAACGGACACAGUGCUAGCACAUGGCUAGUUACUUCAAUGACACCAGCCGAAGAAAUAACGGACAGAAUCAAGAAGGCUUACCAAAUUAUGGGUGAAGGAGUGUUUUAAAAAAUAAACAAUACUCGUGCCCUGAACAUCGUUUAUUAUUAUUUUCAGUUCUACAACUUUUUGAGAUUCUCUCCGUCCUCGAUAGUUCUCUUCCAAAUAGAUAGCGCUGGUCUCCCUUCUCCUUAUUAUUUUGCUCUCAAGUUACUUCAAAUGUUCCUCAAAAUAGCCUGAUAUCUCUAUCUCUAAGGAUUAAGGAUACGAUAUCCUGUAUAUUUGAAGUCUUUUAUUAUGCGGUUCCUCUUUAGCAUUAGCUUAAAAUUAUCUGCGUGUCCAUUCGUUUCAGAUAGACAUUGCCACUUGCAAAACCAGUUAUUAUGUUCUAAAGAAAAAGUUUCUUGUACUUUUUAUAUUAAACGACAGAGACUCCAGCUGCCACAUUUUUAGACUUAAGCUGUAAGGAUGAAGCUCGCUGAACCUUAAUAAUAUAUUUUUGUAAAAUAUCUUGUGUGGAAAUAAAAUUAUUUAUUGUUUUGUUGUAUA